UCAGCCCGCGCAGAGAGACGAUUUUGCCUUGGUUAGCCUAGUUUGUACACACGGUGUUGAAGUGACCCAAGAACAAGUUUUUCAACGUUAAAGUGACUAUUUUAAAGCUGUCAAGAUGGAAAUGGCUAAAAGGAUUGAGUUGGAGCGACGGGGUCGUAUGGAGGAUGAGAUAGCAGAGUUGAAUCUGGACAACUGCAGAUCACAGCAGAUUGAGGGGUUGACAGAGUCUUACUCAGGGCUAGAGUCACUGAGCAUUAUAAAUGUUGGUCUGACUACAUUGAAGGGAUUUCCAAAGCUUCCAAAUCUUCGAAAGUUGGAACUGAGUGACAACCGUAUCUCAACGGGCCUCAACAACCUCUCCGGUUGUCCAAGUCUUACACACCUCAGUCUUAGUGGAAACAAAAUUAAGGACUUCGAGCCUUUAGAAGCACUGAAGGACUUGCCGAACCUUAAGAGCCUAGAUCUGUUCAACUGUGAAGUCACAAAUGCUGAAGAUUACAGAGAGAAAGUGUUUGAAUUAUUAUCAAACCUGAAAUACCUGGACGGCUACGACCGCGAUGACCAGGAGGCUGAAGAUGAUGAGGAUGAAGAUGGAGUUGAGGAUUUUGAUGAGGAAGAGGAUGGUGAGGAGGAGGAAGUUGUCAUAGGUGGGGAUGAUGAUGACGACGAUGAUGAUGAUGACGAAGAAGUAGAGGAUGAGGAUGACGACGAUGAUGAUGUUCUCGGUGUUGAAGAAGACGAUGAUGAUGAUGAAGACGCAGAGGAAGAGGAGGAGGAGGAAGAUGAUGUGGGCUCAGCUCUGAAGUUGUUACAACAGCCCAACGAUCUCGAGGUUAGUGAUGAGGAAGAUGAUGAGGACUUCGAUGGCGAGGGUGCUGAUGAGGAUGAAGAAGAUGUAGAAGAAGAGGAGGAGGAGGAGGAGGAAAAUUCCCCACAGCGAGGAACAAAAAGGAAACAUGAAGGCGAGGAAGAAUCGUGAACAUGUUACCUCUCUUCUCAUUGGACAAUGUAUCAUGCGUUUUCAUUGGACAAUAUAUCAUGUGUUACAUAUUCUCAUCACAAACUAUCCAAUCACGGAUCACCUUACAUCUCAUCAUUGAAUAUGUCAUUAGUGCAUGCAUUGUGAAUAGACUUACUGAUGAAAGCAUCCAUUUCAUUGGUCGACGGAUGGCAGAAUACAGAAUUGUGCAUUUUGAUUGGUCGAAAAGCUACGGAUGAGAAGAAUGUGUUAAUUGUAAAGUCAUUGUACAAACCAUAUUUACAGGGACAUUAUGUAAUGUAAUUUAUGUGUUAUAUUUUGAUCAUCUAAAAACCUUUGUUCAAGUUCUUUAAUGCUGUUUUUAGCUUCGUCUGUUAUAGGAGAGAAAAAUGAGUCAAGAGUCUGUUAUAGAUGUGUGGUCCUGGUCGGCGUGCAAACUCUUAAACAUUUAUCAUAACUCCAGGGGCAUUCAAGACAUUCAAAUGAAACUUGGUACACAUAUUGCUAGAGAUAAUACACAUGUAUAGCAAAGUUUUAAGCUCUAGAGAUAUGCGUCUUCUUGAUGAAAUGGAAAACUAGUGUGGGCAUUUGCUCUGCGACACUUUUGCUCUGCCUCAUUUUUUUGAUUGAAAAAUAUUUAUUUUAAAGGUAAUUUUGAAGAAAUAAGCAAAAACAGGUAUUUAAGGAAACAAAAUAUUACUUCAAUUGGAAACAUUUGUAACAAUAUGUUCGGAAUUUUGAUAAUAUUGAUAAAUGUAUAUAGGAAUGAAAUCUGAUUUAGAAAAACGCAUUACGCUGGUUUUUCACUACUUAACCAUUAGAUGGACUUAUUUAAUUCCAUUGUUUAAGAUGCAUUACGUUUUAAUUGUUCAUUGUAAAUCUCUCAGAAAAUAUGCAUUGUAUUUUUCCACACUGUACAUAAAUAUAUGUGUAUGUCAUAUUUUGGUGAUUUCUCCGUUGUUAAGAAAUUUGAGGCAAUGCUGUUGUAUAUGAAAAUGACUGUUAACAUCGUACCUGUAAACCAAAUAUGUUAAAAACCAAAUUUUGUCGACUCUUUGACAGUUAGUGCUAUAAAUGAGGGGAUAGGCCUGCCUUUAAACGGACUUGUCAACAUUUUAUAGUCAUAUAUUAAAGAUAUAUUUUCCUGUGAGAUGUGAUCAAAAUACUAAAGUCACUGUCUUAAUUCAGCAAUGAAAAUCAUCAAAAAAUUCACAUUAGAUCUCUAUUAUUAAAAAUUAUUUGAAAUUUUUGUGGGAAAAUCCUAAUUUGAGCCAAAUUGUAAAACUUCUGCAAGUGUCCAUUAUCCUUACUUGAUCCUUUUUUUAAUAAAUAUAAAUCCUAUUUUAAAAUGAUAUUCAUAUUUAUUUAAAAAAUAUUUGCUCAAAAAAAUUUCCUCCGAAAUUGAAAAAAGUUCUGUCCACAUUUUUUUGGAUGUAUUUUAAAAAAUUAUGCAGGGAGAAAUUAAACUUGAAAACAGAAAUUUAUGAUUGUAAAAAGUCCAAUAAGUGGGACGGCAAAUAAGAAUUAAUGAUUCUUUUAAAUGUUAAUAUAGGCAAGUUUGAACAAUUGUUCUUUCAAAUUUAUGUUUUGGUCAGUUCAUGGAAUGGUGCAAUUGGUAUGUUCUUUUCAGAAAGUGGCAAUCAAAUUCCAUUUAUCUAUGUGGUAUUAAACACAAACUUGCACCUUUUUUAAGGAGUUAAAAAGAGGGGAUAUGUUUUGCUCUAUUGAUGAUAUUUACUGACUUGUAUGUAUUCCCUGACAGUCCUUGUUUAGAGUGUUCAACAACCAUUAUGUGUUUCUGUAUUACAUGUGUGUAAUUGACCCUUAAUUAACGUAUUUUUAUAGAAAAAAGUAAACUGAAUUAUUUUUGGCGACAAAUGCCUCAUUUAACAAGAAUCAUGCAUGAUUUGCCAUUUGAUGCACAAUUUUAAGAACAUUUUUACCGAAAAGGCUCAUGUUAUAACUUUUCCAAAAUUUGUUGCAAAAAAUGUUUGUAUCAAAUGGCAGCCCAAGUAUAUGUCGCUUCUCAUUUUCAAAGCCCGUCCACAACAUACAUGACUUUAUCGGGUGUGGAUAAUGAAACCAUGUAUAGAUACACACUGAUCAAAAUAAACCAUUUGUCUGAAAAACUCCUUACUCCAAAACUGUUCAUCUGUAAUAUAUGAUUAAUGACAUUUUGUUAAGAUGAAAUUGUACAUUUACUAUGUAAAUUUUAAAGGCCAAAGCUAUAUAACUAGUAUUUAUGGUUCCGAACUUGAGUGAUUUGAUGGAAAUGUUAUGAAGAAUGAGUUUUACUAGAGCUUUAUUUAAUAGUAAGUUUGGCAUUAUGACAAAAAUAUUUGUGACCCAAAAUGUGGUCACAAUCUUAAAAAAAAUAAUUAGUUUACAGAAUUAAGAUUUAAGGAAUUAAAAAAUAAAUAAAAUAUGUACCCCAACUUCAAAAUGUGGGUCUUGUAAUGCCAAACAAAUGACUUUUAUGUGUGGCUUAGUAAAGCAAUCUGAAAUCUAAGUAAGCUUUUGGGAUAAGCCUUGGAGAUCAUGAAAUGUUAAAAAAACAUUGUAUUUCUUGUUAAUGUUUGCUUAAAGUCAUGGUUAGAAUAUUAUGCAAAUUGUGUUACUUGCACAUUAAAAGCUGUUGCAAUGAAAUGAUUUUUCACGGAAAGAAAACGCUAGGUAUUAUUUCUAUUGGAUAAUUAUUUACUCCAAUACAAUAAUAACUUGCAAAUUAUUAUAGAUCUUUGUUGAUGGAAAAUGAAUUUUAUUGCGACUUCUUUUGUUGUAAACUUGGUAUCAGAAGUUACUUUGUGCAGUAUAAGAUACAAGGGCAUGUGAUUUGUGGUUACCUUGUACCCAUAUUAAUUUGGUAUUAUUUGAAAAGUCUUUGAUGUGCAGAAAAAAUACCAAUUUACUUAUGGAAUUAAAAUAGGUUUUUUCAUACGUCCAUUUCCACUCAUUAUUACAGCUGAUGUUUAAUGAGUAUUCACACAGUUGCUGACAGAAAACCAAUCGUGAAAAUAUGAAAGCAAAUUGGAAAGUGGUCAGGAUUUCUUGAAGAUUGUUUGCCCUUUUUUCCAUUUCAAGCACAAUUUCAGUUUGAAAAAUGAACAAACACUUCUUUAACUUCAUCAAUAAUGUUUUUUCAAAUUCUUCAAUAUCUGAAAGCAAUACCAUUUCAAAUAUUUAUUUUAUACCAAAUUUAUAUGAGAUAGCGGGGCAUUAGCAUAUGACAUUAUUGGAUAAUGUCUGGAGAAGGUGACAAUAUUUAUUGUACAUCAGAGUAACCUUAAGCAAGUAUGAUAUAUGACAUUAUCUGUUUAGAAACGAUGAUUCAGAUUGGUGAAAAGUUGGUUAUAUGAGUUCAUUGGCUGAUACAUUUGUGAUGAAGCUAAUAAAUAUAUUUUUAGAAAUAUGAAAUAAUUGGAUACAGAGCUGUGUAAUUAGGUAUGAAGAACAUGAAUAUAGAACUAAAAUUGUAGUUAUAUAGCCAUGACCUUAAAUAAAGUUUUAAAACUCAAAA